AUGGAACGAGAAAAUCAAAGUGUGGUGACAGAAUUCAUCCUCAUUGGAUUUUCGGGUUUCCCAGGACUGCAGAUCCCACUAUUUGUAGUAUUCACCAUAAUGUACUUCACUAUUUUGACAGGAAAUAUCAUUAUUGUCACUACGAUAAAUCACGACUCCAGCCUCCACACCCCCAUGUACUUCUUCCUCGCCAUUCUCUCCAGUUCAGAAAUCUUUUAUACACUCAUUAUUAUCCCGAACAUGCUUACAAAUCUUCUAAGAGUAAAGGCAACGAUUUCAUUUGUUGGCUGUGCUACUCAGAUGUGUAUGUUCCUGGGCUUUGGCUGUACAAACUGUAUACUUCUCACAGUGAUGGGGUAUGACCGAUAUGUGUCCAUAUGUAAACCUUUGCAUUACCAGGUGCUGAUGAAUCAGGGAUUCUGUACUAAACUGGUUGUCUUUUCAGCAACUACUGGUUUUCUUUUUUCUACAAUUGAGACAAUUUUCGUAUUUACCUUGCCGUUCUGCGGGCUGAAUAAAAUCAAUCACUUCUUUUGUGAUAUAGCACCUUUACUUGAGCUAGCCUGUGCCAGAAAUUAUAUAGGAGAAGCUGUCAUUUUUCUUAUUUGUUUUUUGGUAGUAUGUUGCUCAUUCUUUCUGAUCCUUCUGUCCUACAUUUUAAUCUUAAACACAAUCCUGAAAAUCCCCACCACAGAUGGGAAACGGAAAGCCUUUUCAACGUGUGCAUCUCAUCUUAUUGUGGUUAUCGUGCACUUUGGAUGUAUUUCCAUUAUUUACCUGAGGCCCAAAUCCAGGUAUACUUUGAAUGGAGACACAUUGAUCUCUGUUACAUACACGCUGGUGACUCCAUUGCUGAAUCCGGUUGUUUACAGCUUGAGGAACAAAGAUGUCCAAGUAGCACUCAAGAAAUCCCUGGGCAGGAGCACGUGCACCAAAAAGAUAUGA